AUGGCGCUGAUGUUCCAGCGGGCAGCCUUCGUCACUCUUGUUCAUCUGGCGCUUACAGGAAACGCAGCCAGCUCGACAAAGCUGACUCCGCAAAAUCUGUUGGUAUGGAACCCGCACUGGCAGUGCUUCGUCUGGAACCAGAACGACUGCGCGGGGCACGUCAAAAACGCUUUGAACACGUUUCUGGUCGCCUUCGACCUAGACUUCGCCGGAAUCAUCGAGCUGUCGGAUGUGACAUACACUCCGACGCCUGGAUGGGAGUUUGUCGUCAGCCGUUGUGGGCAUGACGUGGUGCACCUGUUCUACAACUCCAAACGUUGGUAUCCGUCCAAUGAUACGCUGACACCUGGAUGCAUGCUGCAGUACCCGACGCAAGACCGGCCGUAUAUCCUCCAGCACUUCAGUUCACCAGAGGGCGCGGAGGUCAUUGUUGCCGCAGCUCACUUUCCGCACCCGAUGCUGUCCCGAGACGAGUCUGUGUAUUCGCGCACCGCCUCUACUGAGCUGCUUCAACGAGCCUUGGGGGACCUGAUGGACAAGACCGGCACGGACAAGGUCGUGCUGAUGGCAGACACAAAUGCCUACCGGUGGAUUUCCAACGACUUGAUUUGGGCAACUCAGCUCGAACUUCCAGGGCCAGUAAUCGGAUCCCAAUUGAUGAACACCUGCUGUCUCGAUGCAGACUUUCCGCCAGACUUGACUUUCGACCGAAUCAUUGCAAACUUCGGGAACUUUAUAUACUCAGCUGCAAUGUACAAUCCGGUGGACCUCCCGAAUUGGACCCGUCAGGUCCUAGGAGAUAGGGUGGGUGCGUUCCACCGCCCUGUCCUCGCACAGAUCGAGACGGUUCAGUCGGAGAGCCAUGGCCCAGAUCAUCGACUGGCAGCCCUCUGGACGGCCGUCAUCUUGCUGGGGAUCAGCACCGUGGUCUUGGCUGCCGGGCUUUCAAAAGGUCGGAAGCAGAUAGGCCAAAGAAUUAGGGUUGUUGGACCUUAG